AUGGAGCAAAUACUGCAUCCGGACAACCAGCGAAUGAUAGGAAACCUUGUACCUCACAAUUUAGAAGAUGACUAUCAACCCGGCGAGAACAGCACCAUGUUCUGUCCACCACAACAGUUCUGGCUCGUUCUAGGUGGAGAUGAUCCGUUCUGUUUAUACUCUGCGUCGCAUGGAUCAUUGCCAGUACCGGUAGCUCAUGAACUCCACAUCGGCAUGUGGCAUCACGGUAGGCUUCUAUACUCACUUGACGUCAGUGACAGACAGGCGCUAGAUCAAGCGUGGGUGUGGGAUAAUCCCCAUGAUGUUCGAAUACGUCGCAAUUAUAACAGAACAAGUUCGAAUAUUUACAACAUGACACUAGAUUAUGGACUGGGAAUUCUGGGGAGCUUGAGUCUACUUCGGAAUUCACCAUCGGCGGCAAUAUAUGAACAGAUGAGUCCCAAUCGGAGACUUGAGUUACAACAGUUUGUCAUUGCUCGUCCGAACCUGCGAUUCGACAGUACCAUUUAUGACCGAGCAUAUGAACAACACCUAAACUUUGAUACAGCUCUUUACAGUACCUUUUAUCAUCAACAUGUAGUACCUCGAACUCAACAACCGAUUGACAUUCCUGCGGCACUUACAGCUCAAGAACCUCAACAACCGAGUGACAUUCCUGCGGCAACUCCAGCUCAACAACCGAGUGACAUUCCUGCGGCAACUCCAGCUCAACAACCGAGUGACAUUCCUGCGGCAACUCCAGCUCAACAACCGAGUGACAUUCCUGCGGCAACUCCAGCUCACCAACUGAGUGACAUUCCUGCGGCACUUCCAGCUCAAGAAGCUCAACAACCGAGUGACAUUCCUGCGGCACUUCCAGCUCAAGAACCUCAACAACCUCAACAACCGAGUGACAUUCCUUUGAUAGCGCCAAGACCAGUUGUCCCUCCCCUAAACAUUGUCCCUUCUGCGGUGGAGCCUAACCCAUGCGGAAUAUCUGCAUAUCCGAGCUCCUUCAAACUACACUUCCUCUGUUAUGCCCUUUAUGCCGUCAUCGAUUUACUAGUUCUGAUCUCAGUAGUUCUACAAGAAGCAGUAGUUCUACAGGAAGCAGUAGUUCUACAGGAAGCAACAACAGACAACGUAGAAGACGAGCAAGAGGAAGAGAAGGAGAAGAACGUCCCUAUGUCUAUCAUGGUCGUACAGUUCGUCAGGAAGGAGAAUCGGAGGAAGCAUAUCAACGUCGUGUUUGUAACGACGAGGACGUCUUCGAGAGAUCGCGAGUAA